AUGGCGUCUCUUCAGGGUCUUGCUAUCUCGCUCGGCGUCAUGCAGGUUGCUCGUAAAAUUCCUUUCGACAACCCGGACGUCUUGAUGUACGUGCGCGCGGGAUACGUACUCUCGCAGGCGAUCACGCUCGGUCUUUACUACUACAUGUCGCAGAAGAUCAAGUCCAAGAACGACCAGACUGUGCUGAAAUAUGUCGAGCCGGAGAAUCCCAUGAACCCCAACUCUGGAGGGUUGAUUACAACGACCGUACGGGACUAUGAUCUUGGGGAGACAUCAAAAGCAAUCCGGGGCGCGUACACGUCGCUCGCAAUGAUGGGCUUCUUACAUCUGUACAUGCAAUACACACAACCUCUCUUCGUCCAGGCGGUCAUGGCGUUCAAGACAUUGUACGAUUCGAAGGUCUUCAAGAUUCACGUACUCGGGCAGCCUGCGGAGGGUGAUCUCAAGCGUCCCUUCAAGGUCGCGUCUCUAUUUGGUGCGGCCGCGGGGGAGGCAAGGACCGACAAGGCGGCAAUUGAGGAGGCCGAGAAGAAGGUCAAUAUCACGCCUAAGGAUGAGUGA